AUGGAUGAACCACCAAGAAGAACGCUUUCUGCACGACAAUGUUUUAUUCAUUUCGAAGGAAAGUCUGGUGAAUUGUGUCAGUUAACACCGCAUACAUUUGCUAAAAUAAGCGAGUAUUGUCAAAAGUGGGUCAAUUUGGACGGCGAGCAAAGCAAAAUCGCCGCAAAUGUUGCUGAGUUUAUGAAACAUUGGUCACUUGAUUCGGAAAAUGAGCUAGUGCCAGAGGAAAUUGCAAAUGCGCGAUAUCACAAAGAGUGCUAUGUUCGUUUCUGUGAUAAAACAAAAAUCGAAAGAGCCGAGAAAAGAAUGAAGAAAAAGGAAAUGACUGUUGAAGCAUCCAGCCAUGGUGAACCGAGCACUCCUGUUAUCAACCGACCAGCACCUGCACCUGUGCGUAUAUCACCACGGACAUUGAUUAGCGGUAGUGAAGCGAUUCCCAGACGAAACAGACACGUUCUACCAGAACGGUGCAUAAUUUGUAAAAGACAAGAUGCGUACAAAGUGGACAAGGUUACUAGAAAACGAAAAUUAGAUAAGCUUGUUCUGGCGGAAACGUUCAACGGAGGACUUUUGAGGGAGGCUGCAGAAAAGAAAAAAGACGAGUCGAUUUUAGCACAUAUUAGAGGUAAAGACUGUGUUGCUAUAGAAGUACGCUACCAUAGGCAUUGUCAUUUGGAUUACUGCAGAUUCCUGACCCGAAAAUCCACAACUAGUAAGCCAACUGAUGAACUAUACCAAUCAAGCUACAUCGCCUUCUGUUCGAAAAUAAUUGACAAAAGGCUUAUUGAAGAAAAACAAAUAAUGCGAAUGAGGGUGUUACACGACAUUUUUGUGGAACAAGUUAUGAAAUUUGAAAAGCUUGAUGCAUCCAAUUACCGUCCUACUCGACUGAAGGCUAGACUACAAAGAGACUAUCCACAACUUGUCUUUCAUCGUCCUGCAACCAGGAAUCAAAGUGAACUGGUCUUUGUUGAAGAGUUAUCUGUAGGUGAAGUAGCAGAGACCCGUGAAACAGUAGAUACUGAGGAAUUUGAGAGCGAUAGCGAUGAUGAAAUGAUUGCUGAAGCUUCAAUGGAUAAAAAGGAAGUAACGUUGAAAGAAUUCUACGAUGUUGCUUUGGCUUUAAAAGAUGCCAUAAAAAGAGCACCUGCAAUGAAUGCAACUUGGCCACCAUCCUCGGUCGAUCUCUCAACAGACCAAGUACAUAAAAUGGUUCCAAUUUUGUUGUUUAAUUUCAUUGCUUGGACAUUAGGCUUCUCAGAUUAUCCAACAAUGUCGACUCGGCUUGAACUAGAAGAGUCACAGUUGACAAAAGUGAUGUCGAUCUGUCAAGACAUGUUGUUUAUAGCGUCAAAUGGAAGGAAACAAACACCAAAGUCGUUAGGACUAGGUAUGGCUGUAAGACAGCUUACGCGGUCAUCACAACUCACGCAAAUUUUGAAUGGUUUUGGCCACUGUUCUAGUCACUCUGCCAUUUUAACAUAUGAAACAGACUUGGCUAGGUUAGCUAUAAAAUCAGACUGCUAUAUCCCAAAAGGCGCAGAAAAACAUAAGUUUACUUGUCUGGUGUAUGAUAACGACGACUUUUCGGAGGAUUCUAGAACGCAAACCCAUAUACUUGGUGGUAUAUUAAUUCAACGGGAGGAAUCAUUUGACAAUCAACCAGCCGUAGUCUCACAGCAGCUGAAGAAGGGUGGGAGAACUUUCCAGGCUCCAAGUGAAGCUAUGGUUCCGUACAGCCUUGGCAAAAAGAAGACACCAAGCUUCCUAAAUACAUCAGUUUCAUCAACCAUUUUCGAAACAGACGACCCGUUGCAUCAAGAACUUGCUAGGAGGUUAGAUAUUGCCUAUUUUGUGAUGAAGAUGCUGCAGAAUCACUACGGAACGUUACUUCCUGGUUGGACAGGUUUCAACAUUCUUCUAAGGCAAUCAGCAAUACCGCCAAUGUCUCGAAUCAGAUACCUACCAAUAAUUGAUGGAUCUCCCAGUGAAUACUCAACAUUGUAUACAGCGCUUUUAAAGAGCGUGGAUAUUGCAGAUAAGUUGUCACUAGAGCACAUCGUCCUAGUUUUUGAUGAAGCAAUCUAUGCAAAGAUUCAACAGAUUAGGUGGAAAGAUGCGACUUUUAUGAAGAGGUUUGUUGUCAGGCUAGGCGAAUUUCAUGCGACAAUGUCGUUCCUGAGUGCAAUAGGGAACAUGUUCAGGGAUGCUGGGUUACAGGAUAUACUUAUCGAAUCUGAUGUUGUUGGACAAGGACAAAUUAAGGGUGUAUUAACAGGAAAGCAUUAUAAUCGAAGUAUGCAUUGCCACAAAACGAGAAAUUUAGGAUAG